GUGUUGUUAAGGUAAACAACCAUUGCACUGGUGAAGUCUGCGGAAGAAAGUGUAUCAAAAUGAGUGUCAGAACAUAUAACCCAUCAGUUAGAGUUGGUAAUUGGAAUGAAGACAUUCAACUAGAAGAGGACACAUUAAAAGAAUUCCUACAGAAAAGAGAAUCUGGAGAAUUGUUGUAUCAAAAAAGGACGAAGCUAGAACAGACAAUAUUCAAGACAGUAAAUUUAAGCAUUUCACGGGACGGUUUUGUGCACUUUGGUGAUAAAGUGAACAUUAGAUGCCCUGGGGCUCUGGACAAAACACAGUACUUUGCACACAUUGAGCCCAGAAAUGAAUGCAACCUUGCAGUGGUGCCUCAGGUCAACAAAAUCCUGUACUCAAAUAAGUUUGAAGCUCCCAGCUGUGUCACAGGCAGCAGAGAUAUCGCAUCAAAUUUGAGAAGCACAUUUGUAAUAAAAAGUAAGGAUGGUACACACGAUGGGGAGCCACUCAGGUAUGGCCAGGUGUUCUAUCUCUCAACUAUGGACAAUGAAGGAGGAAAUUUGUUGUUACAAAGUGACCGAGUGACGUUGCAUAAGUCCCCAAACAAGUCACGGCACCAGGAGGUCAGUCUUGUGGCAGAGCCGUCAUCCCUCACAGAGUGGAAGAUCCUCCACUUCAAGCCCAAACUCCGCUUUGAGUAUGAGGGUGUGCCUGUGCCAGCAAAUGAGAAAAUCAUCUUCAACCACGUGGUGACAAACCAGGACCUUUGUGUAGAGGAGGAAGUUGCCAUCCGCACAUCAUUCGGCACACGUGAGUACGAGAUCACUGCCUGUACACAGCUCGACUCCCACCGGGCGGAGAAGGAGCAGAACCAGUGGAUGAUAGUGAUGGGCGUCCCAGGAGAUGACAUAUACCCUGUGUCCCAGCCAUCCUGCUCCUCACAGGGAGCUUCAUCACUCUCAUAAUGGAUGUUACCCACUCUACUGCCUGUAAUGUACUCUUUUUAAGGAAAAUGUGAACAAAAAUUGUGACAUAUAUCAAGUGUUAUUAUUGUUGCUGCAAGAAAUAAAUUUUAGCAAAUAAAACAUGGAUUAUUAGAUAGCAAGAACAUCUAACUUUAUUGUUGCAGUUUGCGCAGUUAUUUUUUUUAUGAUUGUGUGAAUCUUGAUAAUAUUGUAUUUAUAUACAGUUUUUAUGCUGUAAGUUGACAAUACAAUCAGAAAGAACAUUAAUGCCCAAGUAUUAUGCAAAUCUGUGAUCUGUUCUUUAUAAAUAGCAUUCUUUUAAUAAUGUUGCUCUGACAAAUAAUGUGCACUAAAGGGAUGUUCUGAAAUGCAUCCAUAACGUCUUGAGGGAAAUUACUUUAUUUGGUCUCAGGAUGAAAACCAACUUAAUGCUUCAAUACAUCAUUUGAAUCUAUAAUAUUUCAGUCAAAAAACAGACUUCAAUAAUUGUACACUAAUAUUUUUUUUUAAUAUAGUGUUUAGUUGAAAUUUGUUAUAUAACGCUGAUUGUAUGUGCUUCUAUUAUGCCUUAGCAGUAGUAGGAUGUAUAUUAAUAAAGCAGUAAAUGUA